AUGGACCUCAUUCCAAGUGCCUUUGUGGCACGUCCGUUGAAGAUUGUGGUUAUCGGCGCUGGUAUCUCGGGAAUCCAAUUUGCGCAUGACGCGACCACGUCAUUAUCAGGUAUCGAUCUUGAAAUCUACGACAGAAAUCCUUCCCUAGGGGGUACAUGGUAUGAAAAUCGGUAUCCCGGAUGCACAUGCGAUGUGCCUUCCCAUACCUACCAAUUUCAUUGGGCGCCUAAUCCAUCAUGGUCGUCACUUUAUCCUCCAGCUCCCGAGAUUCACAAAUAUCUGGAGGAUGUGGCCGACAGGCACAAUCUCCGCCGUUUCAUGACCUUCAACACCAAAUGCGUCUUGGCGCAAUGGAAUGAAGACUCAUCAAAAUGGAAAGUUGUUCUCUGCGAUGUUGUCUCCGGUGAAGAAAAGACCGUCCUUGCUGAUGUCUUUGUCUAUGCUGUCGGGCGGUUGAACAACUACAAGUUCCCCAAGAUCGCGGGCCAGAAAACCUUCCGAGGUGUCCAAGUACAUACUGCAAACUGGCCAGCAGAUAUGACUGCCAAGGAUAAGCGGGUGAUUGUAAUUGGAAAUGGCGCAAGCGCCAUUCAGUGCGUUGCAGCUCUGCAGCCAGGUAAGUCACCAAAGUCACCCCGAAGAUACACCACGCUGACCGCGCCGGGCUCUCAAGUUGCUUCGCAAAUAACCAAUAUUGCGCGAGGGCCAACGUGGAUUCUCCCACAUGCAUUGGCGGAAGAUGGUACUGUCCAGCGCGAAUACUCAACUGAGCAGAAGAAAGCUCUCCAGGCUUGCCCUAUGCGCUAUUAUGAAUUUUGCAUCUCAUCAGAGCAGAGACUUGCCGCAACUUUCAUGGGUCUCUGGAGAGGGACCAAAUCUCAAGCCAAUUUUACAGAAUUAGCACAUUCAUUCAUGAAGUCCAAGAUCACAAACCCCGAUCUUUUGGAUGCCCUCCUACCAGAAUUUGAAGCUGGCUGUCGUCGCUUCACGCCAGGCGGUCACUAUCUGGAUGCGUUGCAGAAAGCGAAUGCCGUCCUUAUCACUGAAUCCGGAGGGGAGUACAAGUGUGACAUAUUAGUAUACGCCACCGGAUUUGAGCCAUAUCAACCACGAUUCCCAGUUAUUGGCCGCGCUGGACGAUCGCUGAGUGAAGACUGGGAUCGCGAGGGACCUUGUGAGAGUUAUAUGGCUGCGAUGGUUGCUGAGUUUCCUAACUUUUUUGUCUUCAACCCCCCAAUCUGCCCCGUGAAUGGAUCUGCUAUCCCGGGCAUCGAGAGAGCAAGCGACUAUAUGAUUCGAAUCUUAUCCCGACUCCAGACAGACAAACUCCGAUCUGUAUCUGUGACGCAGCGGGCGCAACGUGCAUUUAACCAAUGGGUUCAGUCAAGAAUGCCUCACAUGGUCUGGUCAGGACCAUGCAAAUCAUGGUACAAGAACGAUAAUGGAAAAGUAGUUGUUCCUUGGCCUGGUACUGUCCUUCACUACUAUGCGGCAACCGAAAUUGUCCGCUGGGAAGACUUCGAUUUAGUCUACGAGAAUCCCGAUGAUAAAUAUGCAAGUUUCGGCAAUGGUGUGACGAGCGAUGGAUUUGUGCCAAAUAAUUUUCCCUGGGUCCAUCCCCCCACUGAUUUUCGAAAGCCAGAAAUCUUGACAUCCGAUGUUCUGAACCGAUCAACGUUAAGGUGGAGAUCCCGCGCUGUUAGACCUCACAUAAAUAAAUCAGCAGAUUUCACAAUGGCCGAUAAUAAGAUGGAAUAUGUCCGCCUUGGCAACUCGGGCCUAAAGAUCUCCAAGAUCAUCCUUGGAACAAUGGGCUAUGGCAGUAAGCAAUGGCAAGAUUGGGUCCUGGACGAGGAAGACUCCCUGCCUCUGAUUGAACAUGCCUAUAAGCAGGGCAUCAACACCUGGGACACGGCGGAUGUCUACUCCCACGGCAGAUCCGAAGAAAUUGUCGGAAAAGCCCUGAAGAAGUACAACAUCCCUCGCAACCGCGUGGUAAUCCUAACCAAGUGUUUCUUCGGCGUUGACGACGAGGGCAAAUUCCCACCCAUCGCCGCAUCUGCCACAAACGACGGUCCCUUCGUUAACCGCACCGGCCUGUCGCGCAAGCACAUCUUCGAUGCCGUUGAUGCUAGCGUGGAACGUCUGGGCACAUAUAUCGAUGUGCUGCAGAUUCACCGUCUAGACCGAGAUACCCCGCGCGAGGAGAUCAUGAAGGCGCUGAACGAUGUUGUCGAGAGCGGGAAGGUUCGGUACAUUGGUGCCAGUUCGAUGGCCGCCUGGGAAUUCCAAUCCCUUCAAAACAUCGCCGAGCGCAACGGCUGGCACAAAUUCAUCUGCAUGCAGAAUUUCCACAACCUCCUCUUCCGCGAAGAAGAGCGCGAGAUGAUCCCCUACUGCCAAGACGCCGGCGUCGGCAUUAUCCCCUGGUCACCGAUUGCGCGUGGCGCUCUGGCGCGGCCCUGGGGCUCGCGCGAGACGGUUCGCGAGAACACCGACGGCGUGAUUAAGAUGUUUGUCCGUAGUCGCGAGUCCGAGGCUGAUAAGGCUAUUAUCGAUCGGGUUGAGGAAAUCGCUAAUAAGAAGGGCGUGAGCAUGGCUCAGAUUGCUAUUGCUUGGUCUUUGACUCACCCGGGCGAGAACCCCAUUCUUGGACUGCAUAGUGUCAAGAGGAUUGAUGAGGCUGUUGCUGCUAUUAAGGUCCAGCUGUCUCCUGAGGAGAUUAAGUAUUUGGAGGAGCCGUAUGUUCCUAAGGCUGUUACUGCUCUUGAGCGGUAA